ACGGUGGUGCGUCACCGCUGAGCCGCUGGAUCCGCUGUGGCGAGGAGGCGGCGCGCCGGAAAGCUACGGGGUAGCAAGAAACAAACAGGAAUCACAACAAAACUUCUGGAACUACGCUCGCAUUCCGUUUUUCCAUUUCGGCGCAAGACAUCGAUAUGUAUUCGCAAAGUAAUUUGUAAGGAACACCAGUCGGCACGGUUCUUGCAAACGCUUGUUUUUGCGAACGAAGUGAGCGUCUUGGCCUUGUCAACUUGGCUAGCUAACGUAAACGUUAGCUUCAGUUAGGCCUAGCUGGUGCUAGCCGCGAAGCUUACUUUUCGCUAGCAAAAGCAAAACAAGGAAUGAGUGAUGACCUCUGUGGUGGUGUCAGACGGCGGAGGGAACAUGGUGGAGUAUGUCACUGUGAUCGAGGAGCCCCAGCAGAGCGACCAGCCAACUGCUGAGGAGGAGGAGGUCGUGCAGCAGGAGGUUGAGGCGGUGAUCAUGGACGGCGUAGAGGAGGAGGAAGAGGACGUGGAGGAGGAGGAGGAGGGCGUGGUGCUGCAGGAGGAGGAGUGCCCAGCGGUGAUCGUCGAGGAGGUGCCCAGCGCCCAGGUGGAGCAGUGCUACGCGGCCCAGGUUCUGGUCUACGACGACGAAACCUACCUGAUGCAGGACGUGGCUGAGGAGCAGGAGGUGGUCACGGAGGUGGUGGAGACAGUGGAGAUGUCAGGCCACGACAUGGUGUGUUUUGACAAAACCUUUGAGGCGGCUGAGGCUCUUCUGCACAUGGAGUCACCUGGCGGCCUUCACAACGACCGCAACACAGUGGAGGAUGUUAUGAUGGAGACGGUGGUGGAGGUCUCUACUGAGUGUGGACCCAUAGAGGAAGACUCCUUCCCCAUUCCCCCCGAAUGUGAACCAGCCGCUAAGAAGAAGAGAGGAGGUGGACGUAAACCCAAGACACACCAGCCUGCAUCCAAUGGCUCCUUUGACCUGGGGAUAAAGAAGAGGCCAAGGGAAGGCAAAGGCAACACCACCUACCUGUGGGAGUUCCUGCUGGAGCUGCUGCAGGAUAAGAACACCUGUCCCCGCUACAUCAAGUGGAUGCAGAGGGAGAAGGGCAUCUUCAAACUGGUGGACUCCAAGGCUGUGUCCAAGCUGUGGGGAAAACACAAGAACAAGCCUGACAUGAACUACGAAACCAUGGGUCGGGCGCUGAGGUAUUACUACCAGCGUGGCAUCCUGGCCAAGGUGGAGGGCCAGCGGCUGGCCUACCAAUUCAAAGACAUGCCUAAGAACAUCCGUGUGAUUGAUGAUGAUGAUGAAGGCGAGGAGGUGGAGGACAGCGAGGGGGUGAUUGCUGCACAGCACCUGGUUCACCAGCAGGGCCCCGUCACCCUGGCCUCUGACCCUCCCGCUGCGAGCCACCCUCAGCAGACCUACGUCACCGUCAUCCCCACCAACGCCACCACCACCAGGACCAUCCGAGCCAUGCCAGUGGUCAUGGCCAACUCGCUGGGUCAGGUGACGUUAAACUCUUCCUCCAUCCUCACCACCACUGCCGGAGUCCCAGUAACAGUAGGCAACGCCACCACCAGCGCCCCGCCCAAACUGGUCAUCCAGGCUCUGCCCACCGUGCUGCCUGCUGGUUCCAAGGCAGGCGAGAAGAUCACCAUCAUCACCAUCCCGGCCAACCAGUUGGCCACGCUAAUGCAGGGCAACCCGUCUGGCCAGCUAACACAGCUCAUCCAGGCCAAGCCCGUGCCCACCCAGCUAGCCCCGGCCGCAGGCAAACCCGCCGCCACUCAUACGGUCCAGCUGACAGCGGGCCGGCCGGCGCCGCAGCUCAUCCUGGCCAAACCGGCCGCGGUGGCUCAGCCGCUGCCCCAGCUCACUGUCCAGGUGGGCCAGCCUCACCCCACCCCGCCCAAAACACCCAUCCAGCCCCCAGACCCCGUCCAGCCUCCCCCCUCCUCCAGCACUCAGCCUGACGCAGCACAAUCAGAGGCCACAGUGGACGCUCCGCCCCCCUCCACAGCCCAGCCGGAGGAGCAGCGCUCCCCCCAGUCCUGCCCUCCAGCAGCAGAUACCCCUGCAUCCUGAAAGCUCCGCCCACAGGCUGGGGAGGGGCAGGGCUGUAGAGGAAAUGACUCUGGACACUGCUGAGGAAGCAGAGGACACAUUCUGCUUCCCCACCUACAGAGCACAGCUGCCCUCUGAUUGGCUAAGGUCGAACCCCAUUGACUAUAGACCUGGUGUUAUUCUCCAGUGAGAAGCCUGCUCUCAUUACGGGACUGCUGACCUUUUGGGUUGAAACCCCAAAACUAGAAAAAGGGACUCUAUUGUAUAAACACACAUUCUUCAGAGCUCAUACUACCCAGAAGACAUGAGCAGCCUUAGAUUGUAAAUAAACAAAAAAAAAACUUUUUGUAAUCAAACGUAAUAUAAAAAAGCCUGACGAGACUUUGUUGUAAAGAAAAAUAAAAUGGAAAAAAUGUUUUUUGAUACUCAGCGGGUAUGUAUCAGUACAUAUAGUUUGAAUACAUUGCUGUUUUUUUCCUGUUUCCAGUCUUUAUGGUUUAUCUGGAUCUGUUGU